AUGACCGGGCACGUUAAGGUAUGGGACGUUGCUGCCUUGGUGGCGGCCCCUACUCCACCGCCGCCGCCCCCGCAACGGAGGAAUGUCCCAACGAAGAAGGAGCCGGCUGCUGCGCGCAGGGGGGGCGGCAAGGGGAGAGGGUUUGAUGAGGCGCUGCACGCGAUGCGGCCGUCACCGGGACAGGAGGGUCACUCGAACUUAGCUGCUCUGUGGAGUGUAGCGCUACCCAUGGCGCGGGUGACCUCGCUUUCGUUCUCUCCGAACGACAGCGCCACCUUCGCACUGGCUUGCUGGGACGGAAAGAUGGCGCUCUUCCUUCCAGCCGCUCCAGCUCAAGCCGCCGUCCUUCCCCCAAACGCAAGUCUUUGCGAAGCUUCUACUAAUGCAGCAACUGCAGGCGCUCCUACUAGUACAGUAACUGCAGGCGGCAGCGGCGGCGGCGGCGACAAUGACACUGGCGAGGGUGUCGGCAGCAAGCGCGCGUGGAAGCAAGUAUGGCGCGAGGCAGCAGCUCCCGGCAAGGUAGGUGGUGGCAAGGGGCGAGAGAACUUGGAGGACCAGGACGGGACGUUCUUGUGCUGGUGCAAGGCCUCCGAUGCCUCUACGACCAACGUCGCCGUUUCGACCUACUGCACCACGACCGGCGACUACGCGAAACGACCUUGCGGAGAUCCCGACGAAGACGAACGUGGCAGCGAGACAACGCUCCCCGCCCCUCGAAACGCCGCGAAGGAGUUCCCACUGCCCGAGCCGCCCCGCGAAGCCUACCCUCCGGCAAUGGGGCCGGGGAUCGAAGUGUUGGCGGAACGGGGCCUGGGUGGGAGGAUAGGCGGGGCGGUGUCCGCGUCCCGCCGGGAUGGAGUGACGCAGGAGCCCACCGCGGAGCGAUACUUGAUCCAUGGGCUGGCGGCGGGGCCCGGUUUUGUGGCUCUGUACGACUCCGACCUGUGUCUACAUGUCGUUUCUAUCGCCGCGAUGCUCAGCGACACCUGCGUCUUGCCGCCGCCGACUCCUAAGAUCGAAGUAGAAGCGUUAUCUGGGCACCCGGACGAAGCGUCCCCGGGUGCGUCGGCAGACGCAGAGGCGUCAACGCCGCCGCGGCCUACAAGAAACGUUACCCUUGUCGACAAUGAUCACGGCCUGAUCGCGGCCUGCGUCCGACGACAUAGCGGGCCAGGCAGUGCUGAUGCUGCAGCCCCUCCAGACGGUGGGCUGGACCUCGCCAUCACUUGGCGGGACGCCUCUUCGGGCGUCGAAACCCCCGACGAUGGGGAGUGCGUCGGGCAAAGGACAGGCGAAAACGACCGAAGGUUGUCGUUUCUGCCCGGCGAGUUGGCUGGCGAUUACGGGGGGGGUGACGACGACGAAGGGGGGGUGUUCUGCGCUGACGUCAGAUGGCAGCGCUUGGCUCUCUUCACGCGUGAAACCGUCCUCGUGUACACGCGCCCUGCUCGAGAGAAGGCCGGGCGAAAAGGCCACGGGACACCGUGUGGAAAUGCUCUUGGCGCCGGGGGGUGGAGAGCGUACGCGGAGUACCCGAUAGUGCAUGGGGUCCUUCUCGGAGGAGCGUCCACGGCGACCUCCCUGUCCAAAAGCCUCCCGGAGGCCCCGGAAGACCUGACCGAUGUACAUCUCCUCGUAGUUUUGGGGUCGAACUCACAAUCUAGUGGCGACGGCCCAGUCCUUUCGAUUCGGUCCCUUCGAGAUCGAAGCGUCACUUGCCGAUGUCCCCUCUCGUCCUCUUCGGACGACGUCGGAGAGGCUGGUGCGGUCGCAAGGCAACCGGGGACGAGGGUCUACGCGUCCCCUGGCUAUGGCGGAGGCGUGUUUGUUGUGGCCGCGGAAGGAGGGAGCGGGGAGUGUGCCAGGAUCUGGCGGGGAAGCUUUGAUGAAGUUAGUUGCCAAUUGAAGAUGGGAUCUUCGAGAGUCAUCACGUCAUAUCCUUGGCCCGAGCCAGAAAUGCUGCGCCUGCAAGGAGUUGCAGGUCCAAAUUGCGAACUGAUUUUGUUCAAGGAAGUUGGGGCUGGCUCGAGCGCGGAGAAUCGUUCCAAUGGCGACACCAGUCGGAGCGUACGGUGGUGGAUGACUUGGCCCGAGCCUGAGAUAUGGAAAUGGGUCGACGCCCCCGCGCUGCUGGGCGAAGAAGAUCUGGGCGUUUCUGAUUUUGUGAAGAUUUUUCAGGUGGAGAUCGAGGACGCGAUAAGGGUACACGCCCAGGGUCCUGAAGCGUAGGGCGACGACCUUCCUUCCUUUCGAGGAUGAUUUACUCUCGUCGCAAAAGAGCGACAGGGUGCAGUUCCUUCCUUUCGAGGAUGAUUUACUCUCGUCGCAAAAGAGCGACAGGGUGAAGUUAGCGGCAGAGAGCUCAACUCCCACUUGUCGGGAGCCGCGUUGAUGUUUGGUCACGGGGGUACUAAUACGGGGGCAAGAUAUCGGAAAGGAGCAAUUAAUAGCACACGUUUGUCGAGUACUUUCCUCUCGGUCAGUACAGGCACCGUUCGUGGCAAGCCAUAAAGGCGAUACGCGCGCGUUUUUGUGUUCAUUUGAGCCGCCCACUGAACAAUGAGGAAUAGGCCACGACAGGACACAGGAAAGUUAUAAUAGAGCAGUUAGAGGGGGUGGUACAACGUUAGAAAUUGAUGGCAUUGGCCAUGGUUUUUGUGUAAAUAUGUACACUGACUUGAUAGCAUACUAGUGGUUAUGCUGUACAUCUAACAGUUCAAGGGUGCCACAAAAGGGGGCCAUGUGAAAGGCGAUUGUUAAAGUUUCUCCUGCCCACCUAGCAACUCAGAGGUGCGAAUAGAAUUCGAUCGGUGAACAAACAACGGCUCCGGAAAUUGAGCUGAAGCGUGUGUCCGUGUGUAUUCCCUUGAGCGAUUUUUCUGUUGGUUCUGACAUUUCAACGUGGAGCAUGGGCGGCAUAUAGAUGGAUUUUUGCGGUUGUCGGCUGUAAC